CUGACCCGGGGGUCGGACGCUCUGACCCAUGGGUUUGACGCUCUGACCCGUGGAUUGGACGGGGCCGGUGCGGCCCCCCGUGCUGAUGGUGGGGGGGUUGUGUUGUGUGUUGGCUGCAGGAUGGACGCGAGCGGGCGGCUGGCGGUGUGGCGGCAGCUGGCGGUCAGCUGCGGGCUGAGCACGGCCCAGCAGAGCCUGCAGCAGCUGUGGGGGCUGCUGCUGCUCUGCCUGCUCUGCAGACUCUGCUUCAGACUGGAGGUGGCGCCGGCCGCCAAGCACCUGGCCUCGCUGCUGUGCGGGACGCUGGGGCUCUUCCUGUUCUUCGGCCUGCAGCUGCUGUGGGUGCUGCUGCUCAGCGGGCUCUGCUACCUGGCCCUGCUGCUCAGCCCCCGCCCCGGCAGCAGGGGCCUGCUGCUCUCCGGGGUCGUCCUCCUCUACCUCCUCAUCGGAGAGUUGCAUUUAAUCGACAUGGUGACCUGGCAUAAAAUCCGAGGCUCUCAGAUGGUGGUGGCCAUGAAGGUCAUCUCUCUGGCCUUUGACCUGGACAGAAGGGCCGUGGGCAGCCUGCCCUCCCCGGCCGAGUUCCUGGGCUACGUUCUCUUUGUGGGCACUGCCGUCUUCGGCCCGUGGAUCAGCUUCUCCGCCUAUAAGAAUGCCGUGGACGGACCCAAGCUGAGCUGGGCGUGGCUGCGGCGCUCCCUCCUCAGCCUGCUGAAGAGCCAGGCGUGUCUGCUGGUGUCCACCUGCGUGGCCCCGUACCUGUUCCCCGUCUUCAUCCCGCUCUACGGAAACGCCGCCACACAGAAGUGGCUCUACGCCUACGAGAACGCGGUGUCCUUCCACUUCAGCAACUUCUUCGUGGGCCACCUGAGCGAGGGGACCAGCAUGUCGGCGGGGGCCGGCUUCACACAGGAGAAGGACAAGACCCGCUGGGAUAUGAAGGUGGUGAGUCCUCUCAGCGUGGAAAUGCCCCGCUCCAUGGUGCUGGUGGUGACCUCCUGGAACAUCCCCAUGUCCAGAUGGCUGAAAACAUAUGUCUUCAAAAACACCCAGAAGCUGGGAACCUUCCCCGCCAUCCUGAUGACCUACACGGCCAGCGCCCUGCUGCACGGCCUGAGUUUUCAUCUGGGAGCGGUCCUGCUCUCGCUGGGAUUCAUCACCUACGUGGAGCACGUCCUGAGGAGGAGGCUGGCGUCCAUCUUCAGUGCGUGCGUCCUCUCCAGGCCGUGCGCGUCCGACUGCAGCCAUCAGCACCAGAAGAACCUGUGGGUGAGGCUGCUGAACCUGCUGUUCAGCUGCCUGGUGGUUUUCCAGCUCGCCUACUUGGGCUCCAUGUUUGACUCCGGAGAGGACGAGCAGGAAGUGGAAGAGGGCUUCGCUGCCAUCCACACCAUCCAGAGGUGGUCAGACCUGGGCUGGGCCGGCCACUGGCUGCUGUUCGCCUGCUGGGUCCUGUACCGUUUGAUUCAGUGAGGCCUCCCGGCCCACGGACCCGGGAGAGGCUCUGGUUAAGGUGGGGUGGCGGCCCGGGCCUGGGGAGGGGGGGGGGGGCUCUCUGUCAGGGAGCAGCCGCACACACUCACACGUUCAGACGUAAAAGGCUCAGAAGCAGCCGUAGAAAUGUAUUUUAGUAGUUGUUUUUAUAAGCAUUUAUCCUCCUUUCAUUCUUAUUCAUUAAAGAACUUUGAUUUUCUACGAGGUCUUCUGGUCUUUUUACGCCGUCAUUUUUCACCACAGGUCACGGGGAAGCAUUUUGAACAGGGGGGGGCUGUGAUUUAUUCAUUUUUUACAAAAGACCUAUGAGCCUAUAGGCCUAUU